CAAAGAUGGAGUCAUUUUCUCACGAAAAGAGACACAAACAUAAGAAAAAGCAUAAAAAACACAAAGACAGGCAAUAUGCCGACAGAGAGAAACAUAAAGGGGAGAAAUAUGGAUACAAGAGAGACAGCGAAGAUGAAGACAACACUAAAGAUGCUGAGUAUGUGAGGGAACAGUCUUCAUCUUAUAAACAGCUUAAUCAAGAUUGUGCCGGACCUGAUAAAUAUAAACAUGAUAAAGAUAGAGAAACAAAGGCUGAAGAGGAAAGUGUUGAUUUUGAUUUCAACUUUCACGACUACAGAUCAUCUCUCAACAAAAUAUUUUUUAGAGAGGACAGUUUCUUAAAAAGAGGAACUAAAAAUUAUGAUGAUUUCUGGAUAUUUUUGAAAAGAUAUCAAGAUUUCCAGAGGAAGAAAAAUGAAUCUGGUAAAGAUUCAGGUAAGAAGGUUGAAGAUGACAAGGAAGGGAAGCUAGGGCUUCCACUUCAUUAUGACAAGAGGUACCGAGUUAAUAUCGGAAUCAUCAGCAAAAACGUAGAUGACUUUCUAAGACGAGGGAAACUUGCUGAUUGUGAAAUUGAGAGAGAAUUGACCAUAGAGAGAGUAAGGCAGUUCAAACACAUCUUGUUAUACUACCUAGACUUUCUACAGAAACAAAAGUUCAACAAGCUGAAGAAGAUCCGGACAGAUCAGGAAAAUCUGCCAAUUUUCCAGUACAAACAAAUGAUUCUUGAUAAACUUCAACAAAACCAAAUAGUUGUGGUGGCAGGAGACACAGGAUGUGGAAAAUCAACACAGGUUCCUCAGUACUUGUUAGCGGCAGGCUACACAGGGAUAGCGUGUACCCAGCCCAGACGUAUCGCAUGUAUAUCUCUGUCCAAAAGAGUGGGUUAUGAGACACUGAAUGAAUAUGGGUCUGAAGUGGCUUACCAGGUUAGGUUUGAAAAGACAAAAACAAGAUUUACCAGGAUAUUGUUUCUGACAGAAGGACUUUUACUUCGACAGAUGACCACUGACCCACUUUUGAACCAGUAUAAUGUGAUCGUAAUUGACGAGGUUCACGAGCGUCACAUUCACACUGACUUCCUGCUCGGGGUGAUGAAAUGUAUGCUACAGCAUCGAAAAGAUCUAAAGCUGGUGUUAAUGUCUGCUACCAUUAAUAUUAACCUCUUCAGCAGCUACUUUGAUGGAGCCCCUGUUGUCAAGGUUUAAGGGUUACCAUCUUGCAAUUUUUAUACAUGUUAUUUGAAGAAAAUAAAUUUAUGUGUGAAUAAUAAAAAUUACUUUACAAUCUUAGAAAACACUUUGUAUCCUUUAAAGUAUCCUAUCACUGAGCGAGGGGAUCUAUUGAUUUUCCUGAGUGGGAUGUCUGAGAUAAUGACCGUGGUAGAGGCUGCCAAGAUGUACGCUCAGAACACGAGGAGGUGGAUCGUGCUUCCACUGCACGGGGCUCUGUCUGUAGAUGAACAGGACAAGGUGUUUGAUUUUCCACCUGAGGGUGUCAGGAAGUGUAUUGUAUCCACUAACAUCGCAGAGACAUCUGUGACCAUAGAUGGAGUUCGCUUCAUCAUCGACUCUGGAAAGGUGAAGGAAAUGACCUUUGACCCUAAGUAUAAAAUGCAGAGACUGCAGGAAUUUUGGAUCAGUCAGGCCAGUGCAGAACAGAGAAAGGGUAGAGCAGGUAGGACAGGCCCUGGUGUUUGUUACAGAUUGUAUGAGGAGUCAGACUUUCAAUCCUUCCAGGAGUACGCCACACCAGAGAUACAGAGGGUACCACUAGACUCACUGAUCUUACAGAUGAUAUCCAUGGGGCUCCCAGAUGUCAGAAAAUUUCCUUUUCUAGAGGAACCAGAGAUGAGUAGCAUAGAAAAUGCUGUCCACUUCCUGAAAGAACAGAGUGCUCUAACUGAGGAUGAGAAGUUAACUCCUAUUGGUCAGAUGUUGUCACGGUUACCAGUAGAUGUCAUUAUAGGAAAGAUGCUCAUAAUGGGAUCAAUAUUUCAUAUGAUAGAUCCUGUGUUGUCUAUAGCAGCAGCCAUGAGUGUUCAGUCUCCAUUUACCAGUAAAGCUCACACAGAUUAUGAUGCUGUGUCUACAAGAAAACCACUAGAAUCCGACCAUGGAGACCCCUUUACAUUACUGAAUGCUUUUGAUGAGUGGAUACAGGUGAAAGGAAAGGGUCAGGAUACCAGAAAAUGGUGUAGAAGACGAGGUUUGGAAGAACAGAGAUUUUAUGAAAUGACGAAACUGAAGGGGCAGUUCAAAGAACUUCUACAGGACCAUAAUUUACUGGUGAAGACUGAAGGUAGGGAAGCUUUUAUGACAAGUGACGAGAGACGUCGUCACCAUGGAGACAGGAAACGAUUAGGGCAGCUGAAGAAAGAGAAGAACAGAGAAGCUAAGAAAAGGAAAGUCCUAAAGUUAGAGGAUGAUGAUUUUGUCAUCAGUGAUGAUGAGAAGGAAGAUGAUGACAUCUUUUCUCUGGAAAUUUGUCUCUCUCACAAUCUCUCCAAGUUACAGGAAACCUCCAACAAGAACAGAAGUUUUACCCUGGGAGAAAUCAAUUUGUUAAAGAUUAUCUUGUGUAGUGGGCUUUAUCCACAGGUGGCCAUAGCAGACGAAAAUAAUCCCCAUAAAUCGGAAUCCGAACAGGCUUUUCAUACCAAGACAAAGCCUUUCCUGCUGCUUCACCCUACCUGUGUGUUUGCCUGUCAGCCAGAGCUUCUGAGGUCUACAGAGAUAAAACAUGAUCCCCAGUGUCCCUCAGAACUACGGGGAAAACUCAGUUAUCAUCACCAGCUGUUAGCUUAUGUAUCACUACUGGAAACAAACAAGCCGUAUCUAAUCAACACAAUGAGAGUCCCAGCUCUACAGACAGUCACCAUGUUCUCCAACUUCAUUGACACUGAUGCCUCAUGUAUGAGACUUGUGUGUGAUGGUUGGCUGGAGAUAAAGUUUGCUGAUGAGGAGUCAGCAUCCAACACUCUGUCCAGUGUUAUACAGCUGCGAGCCACCUGGCAAAACUUACUGAAGCUUAGACUGGAAGAUACCAUGAAAAGUUUGGAUGAAGACAGAAAGAUAAACCCCCGAGCUCGGCAGCUGGAGAAAAUUCUGGCUAAGAAGCUGAGCGAGUACCUGUCCGGUGAUGUCUGUUACGCGAUCCGUCGAGUGAUGGCCGCCGAGCAGAGCCGACUAUACAGGGGACCAGACAGAGAUUGUAUGGGGAACAGUAAUAUACUGACAGGUGUACUGAAAUCCAGCUCUGAGGUGCGAACUCAUCCAGUAAAAGGAGGAGUCCAGAUCAAUAACUAUCUGGUCUAUAACUGUUUGUUGGAGGAGUCAGAAGCCAGUGUGUGGGGUGAAUACACCAGUAACAUGCAGAGACACUGGGUCUGUCCCAGAUGUCAAGCUAGUCUCAUAGUGUCCCUCCAAGAGAGACUCGAGCAUGAAAGUGAGUGUCAAAGUCGCAAUAUUGAGCCCACUCAGCAGGAGGAAGCUCAGGAGAUGGAAGAAGAAAAGGAGGCUCAAAUGAACCCCCUCAGAAAACAUUACUUCUGUGAAAAGUGUGAUAAAACAUUUAGAUUCACCACUACAGAAAUAUUAAAACACAAAAAGUCUCAUGUGACUUGACAAUAUCAAAUAAAUAUUUAUUUUUAUCAUUAUAUAGAUUUUGUUAUGUUGGUUGUCGAAUGAAUUCAUCAACAUGUAUGAAUGAUGUACAU